AUGACCAGCAGAAAAGUCCGAGCGAAAGACUUCUUUAGCAAGUUUGACGAGAGUGGCGAUGGCCAAAUUGAUUCGGAAGAGCUGAUGAAAGGCAUCACCUUUAUGUCUAUGUCUGGAAGCCUCCGAACAUCAGUGUCCAGCCCGCCACCAAGCUUCGAGGACGUUCAGCGGCUCUUCAAUCUAAUCGAUGCUGACGGUGAUGGCACAUUGGACUACGUCGAAUUAGAUAUCGUGAUGAAGACCGUCCAGGAGAGAAAAUCAAAGCAAAACAGGGGUGCGAACUUCUUUGUCAAGGAUGACGCGGAGCUGACGGAGCUUGAACAGGUUGCCAUCAAUUACUUUAUACCCUUGCAGCUUGGCAGCGUUUGUGCUUGGAAGAUUGGCGAAGAGCUUGGCUUCACCUGCAAGUAUGAAAAGUUUGACCGAGCUAUGAUGUUGGUAGACGGAAACUUGGACGGGGCUAUGAGCUAUGAAGAGCUGGUGAAGGUCUUGGGCUUCGUUAAGGUCCGCAUGGAUUUGCUUUUCAGACGGGAGCAAGACAAGAAGGAGGAGCUAAAGAACCCGUUCGUGACCAAAGUUGCAGAGCAGACCAAAACCGACAACGAGAAGAACUACAAGAUUGCAUGUUUUGGCCUGAAGGCCUUCAUCGAAAGUCUCCUCCGCAUCGGCUUUGGACAUUUGAGUUUUCACGGGACGCCAGAGCAGUCGACUCUACCAGCUGCCACGAAGGCCUUGUGGGUAAUCACUCACCUGGCGCAGCAGCUGGGGCAGUUGCAACAACAAGAUGAGGGCAAUGUGGCGGAAGAUGUCAUGUCCUUCAGCAAGCGCAUGGGCUGGGAAGCGGCCCUGCAACAGUUUGGCAACAAGAGGAGUCGAGACUGGACACCACUGUGUAACCAGGGCCCGGCUUCCCAGUCAGUGGCACGUAUAGGUUACAAGCCAAAGAAUGGAGAGGAGCAAGAAGACAAUCCAUGGUCCGAAGUCUCCAACCUUGAUCGAAUCAAGUGUGAGCGUCCGGACCUCUUCCAUCACCUGCCGACCAUGCGGCCUGUCGUGGCUGGUAAGAACUACGAGCGGCAGGCAGCUUGCUCUGAGUGCAAGGUUGAACCUCAGAGCGGCUGGGGAAACAUGUAUUGCCCCAGAUGCGGUCACGCUGAUGGCAUGAUUGCAGCAUGCCUCGCGAACAACAAGCACUAUGAUCUUCACAAGCUUCCUACCUUGGACAAGAUCAUAUGCCUGCUAGGCAGGGGUGCGAGCCAUUUGACUCAACGACAUGCUGCGUGCAAUCCAUAUAAUUAUUGUCAUAUGCACACUAGUUACAGUUUGUUUUAG